AAAAGAAAAUACAAUAAUUGUCAAAAAUAAAAAAUACAGUAAAUAUUUUCUCAUUAAAUUUUGUUACACCAUUUUAUUUCUCUAACAUUUUUCUUUGAAUUUUUGAGAUGGAGAGGAAGAACAUUUCCUGGCUAAAAAAGUUUCAAUCGUUUUUUGAAUUUGCAAAACGUUUCUGGAUUUUAUUUUACCAGUAAAAAAUUCAAUCUUUUCUAUGAGUUAUUUUUGUAUGAACAGCAAAGGUUUGUUUUUUAUGAAUAAAAAAAUAUCUUCUUUGGUUUAAAGAGUAAAAUUAAACUCCUUGGACAGUUGGACCUUACCAUAAGGAUUAAAGGCUUUAUGUGACUCCAACGACAAAACCAAACCAUUCUUUCUCCCCCACUCCUUAUCCUCUUUCCCUCUCUCUCUUCUUUCUCUCUCUAAACAUGCCUUCUGCAACCAAUGCAUUAUCCAUGGCCGAAAGCUGUUUAGCUUCAGUUCCCACCCUCUUUACCCCAAAAAACCAAUACCCAUUUCACCCAAUUCCCUCAAAAUCCAUAAAGCUCUCAUCUUUACCUUCUCUCCCUUCAUGGGCAUCUCUAAAACACAAGUCUUUACCUUCCAGACUAGUCCCACUGCUUGUGGCUCAGACCUCAGACUGGGCUCAAGGAGAGGAGAAAGAAAGUGAAGAAGGCGAAGAUGGUGCCACUUGGGAAAAUCAAGGUGAUUUGCCUUGGACUGGUCAAGAUAGUGAGACAGAGCAGGAAGAAAGCUCUGGUGUGCAAGCCUUUUCUGAUGGUGUUGAUGAGGUUAAAGUUGGAGGAGAGGAAGAAGCUUCUUCUGGGGAUGACAGCUUGUUGGGUGGUGGUGGUGGUGAAUUCUACCCUGACCCACCUGAAGAGGCCAAGCUUUAUGUGGGUAAUUUGCCUUUUGAUGUUGAUAGUGAGAAACUUGCUGACCUCUUUAACCAAGCUGGGAUUGUUGAAAUUGCUGAGGUAAUUUACAAUAGAGAAACAGAUCAAAGUAGAGGGUUUGGUUUUGUUACAAUGAGUACUGUUGAAGAAGCUGAGAAAGCUGUGGAGCAGUUUCACCAAUAUGAUUUAAGUGGGAGACUUUUGACUGUAAACAAGGCCGCUCCAAGAGGGACUCGGCCAGAAAGAACAAGAGUGAACGAAUCUUCUUUCAGAAUCUAUGUCGGUAACCUGCCAUGGCAAGUGGAUGAUGUUCGUUUGGAGCAAGUUUUCAGUGAACAUGGAAAGGUGGUAAAUGCAAGAGUAGUAUACGACCGUGAAACAGGACGUUCACGUGGCUUCGGCUUUGUCACAAUGUCAACUGAGAUAGAAGUGAACGAUGCCAUUGCUGCUCUUGAUGGACAGAGUUUGGAUGGCAGAUCAAUCAGAGUAAAUGUUGCUGAACAGAGGCCGAGGCGCACCUCGUUUUCAUAUUAAAAAGAUUGUUGAUCCAGGAUUCAUAUGAACUCUGCGAAUUGAAUUUGAGAGAAAGAGAAAGAGAGAGAGAGGUUCUACAUUUUUCUACCUAUUUGAUUGUUGUUCUAGUAACUGGAAAGCUUGAUGUAGAGGGAUGAAAAUCUCUUCUGUUUAGUUUCCAAAACCUGCAUAAGGUUGUUGAUGAGGCUAGCCAUAAUUAAAUCCCAUAUAUUUUUCUUUCAUUGUUAUAGUUUAAUCCCUCAAAUGCAGCCAACUUUUUCAUUAUGUACUUGUACUACUCAUCUUUCAUGGAUGGUAUGCUUUUUUUAUAAUUAAUUGUUAACCAAACUUUUUUAUUGUCUUCUUUGUGAGUAAAAUUAAUAAUUAUUUCUUUUGUUAA